AUGAUAAGGAUUUAUCUAUUAUUAAUACCAUUAAUAUAUGGAUGUACAAAAUUCCCAAAUGACACUAUUUACAUUGUAUCAACCCCUGGAGAAAUAAUUGAAUAGUCACCAUCUUAUAUUUUUGAUGAAAUCUUAAAUUUGGAAAGUUAAUACAAAAUUUCUCCUCCUUCUGAAUUUGUGAGUAUUAUUGAAUCCAGCCCAAUAGACCUAAUAAAAUAAUCAGAAUAUACUUUAAGUUUAAAUAAGGAAAUUAUUUAAUAAAAAUUAUACAAAAGUGCAGAAUAUGAUUCUACCUAACAUUGGAGUUUUUUAAGCAAAGCAGAAAAUAAGUAUUUUGUAGAAUAUAAUUCCGAAAUAUUUGGAUUUACACCAUAAAUUGACGUUUCUUAAUAAUUAAAUCUAAAAGAAAACUCGACUUGUUAUGAUGUAGUAUAAUUGUUAAAAUUGCAUGUAAUUGAAUGUAGUAAUGCUGAAGGCGAUUAUUUUGCUAUUUUAGAAAAAGAAUCAGUUUUAACAAUGUAAAUUUAAAAUUCUACUAAUCCAUAAAGAAAAAUUGACUAAUUAGAUGAUGUGCUUAUAAGAUCUUUGACUAAUUAUAUAGAAGUUUAUUAAUUAUAAUAAGAUAAUAAAUUGGUAUUAAAAGGAAACUUAACUACAGAAAUAUUAUAAAAAUUACUUUUGGAUGAUUUAUUUUAUUUAGAAAUAGUAGAUUUCAAAUUUCACUAAAAUAGUAUAAUUACAAUUUUGAAUCAAUAAGGACAAUUUUUAGAAUUAGAAUAUAAUCUUCAAUCCAACGAAUGGGAAAAAAAUUGGUACUUACGCACUUAAAUAGAUAAACCUUAUGGAUAUGAUUAUAUAGUGGAUAAAAAUAAUGAAUUAUUUUAUUGGUUAGCUAUCAUUUCAGAUACAUUCAUAUUGUGUAAGAAAACUAGCGAAUCUGGGACAUUUGAGUGGACAAUAGAUAAUUUAAAGAAUGAUAUCAACUCAAAGGUUUAUAUAUCCUUUAUGUAUUAUCUUUUAUUAUAAAAUGAAAAAUCUCUUUCACUUUAUUCUAUUAAAGAUCUUAAUCGCAUAAAAAUUGAAUGGUCAAUCAAUCUUGAAGGUAAAACUUUUGUACAUUAAUAUAUACAAUUUUCAAGCUUCUUAUUAUUUAUUUAGCCAUAUUUUUAUGCUUAUAAUUAUGUAUAAAAAUAUUAAAGAUUGUAAUUUUCAUCAAAGGAAUUAAUUAAUGAAAAUAUGCAUUUUAUAUUAGAAGUAACAAAUUAAUUUUAAAUAACCUGCAGAGCAAACAUUUAUUUUAAAGUUGUUGAUAAAUCUUCAACCGAGAUUUAUUAAACAUUACUCGCUCCUCAAAUUUUUUGCAGCAGAGAUGAAUAAAGACUUAAUGAUUAUUGUGGCUAUAUAUAACAAUAUUAGGGUUUCAAUAUUUAAUUAGAAUUUGAUCAUAAUGAAGCUCUAGAUCUAAAUUAUAAUUUGACAAUUCCUUUUGAAUUAUAAAUAAAAGAAGAUCCUGAACAAGUUAUUUAUAGAAAAAUUAUAAAUUACAAUCCUUACUUCGUUCUCAUAGAAUAAAAUAAAAACAUGGAGCUAUAAACAUAUGAAUGCAGAUCCUUUAUUAAUUAUUAACCACAAUUAUGUUAAAAACUUUUUGAUUUGGAAGAUGAAUUUGUUGAAUUAAUUGAUUCUCCUCUUCAAAGUUGGUAUUACGAUUCGAAUUCAUUUAUUGUUUUUGCAUUAGCUCAUGAUAAAUAAGUAGAUAUCUAUAGAAAUUAAAGACUAAAAAUUACCUUUUAAGUGAACUCUAUGAUUAAAUAAAUUUUUGUUGGCCAAGAAGAAGUUUGGUUAAUUUAGGAAAAUCAAUUAUUAGGUUAUUCAUUAGAUUAUAAAAAAAAAACUGCACAAUUAAAAUUUUAAAGUUCUAAUAACAUUAUUCCUAUUUAAUUUUGGUUUUAAAUUGGCAAUGUCUUAACCAAUUUAAUUACUGAUUAAAGAAUUGAACUUCAUAAUGAUGGUACUGUAAUUGAUUUGAUUGAUGAGAAUCUAUUUUUUAUAUUAAUGAAAAAGAAUGAUUAAUAUUUUGGAUACAUCUAUGAUAAUUACAGUAAUUAAGAGAAUGAUUAUCCAAAAAGAUUUAUUUUAUUUAAAAAAGAAAUAGAUCUGAGCAAAUAUUAGGAAGUAACAAUCGUUAAUCAAGAAAAUUGCAAAAGCUAUUUUGGUUCCCGUAAAUAUAUUUAUCUAAAAGCCUUAAGAGAUGGAAUUCCUGUUAUUUUGUUAUAUCGUCCUGAAUAAAAUUUUAUUAAUUCCUAAUAUUUAGAGCUUAAAAUAUCUUAAAACACUUAAAUUUCAACUUGUGACAAACUUCUAUUCUUAACUGAUAAAUCAAACUAAAAUUUGUAAUAACAUUUAAUAAUCGAUAACUUUAAAUAAGUAAUUCAUGGAAAGCUGAAUUAAGAAUAGAAAUAAAUUUAAUUUUAACAAACUUUAAAUUUAUCUGGUAGAAUUUUUAACUAAUUUAAUAGCUAUAAGCUAGAAUAAAUUCCUGUUAAUUUAUUUAAUAGAGGAACUGAAUUAUUUGCUAUAGUUCAUUAAUUCAAUUUCACAUAUGAAAAAGAUGGAUAAAAAACCCAAUGUUAUAAUUUAGGGUAAUCAUGGUAUAGUGGAUAAGCAUUUGAAAUAGAUUUAAAAGAACCAAUAGAAGAUGUAGAAUACGUAAAAACAUUAAUUAAAUAAACAGAAACAAUUCUAUAUAGUGAAUCUAUAAUGGAAUAUGACAGUAAUACUUUAGUUUAAUUAAUUAAUAAUAAGAUUGUCUUAGUUUCUAAAGCAAAUUUUGAAUCUAUUGAAUUUCCUUUAGGUGAUUAGUAUAUUUUUAAUGAAAUUAUGUAUAUUUAUGAUGACCUCAUUUAUGUUGGUGCUGAAAAUUCUGAUACUAAGGGUAUUUUAUGCUUGAUUAAAUGCAAAGAUUAUAAUUGUUAACUUUAAGAUGGUUGUCUUGAAUUGGGUUUCAUAAAUAAAAUUUAUUAUUUAAAUUAAAACCAUAUGUUUAUGAAAUGGAGUUCAUAAUACAUUUUUAUAUAUGAUACAAAUGGAGAUCCAUCCAAAAUAUUUCAAUUUAAGUAUAUUGGCUUUUAAUAAAUGUAUUAGUAUUCAAACUUUAUAGAAGUUUCUUAAUUGUUUGAAAAUAUUUAUUUAAUUGCAUCAAUUAAUUAAGAAUGUUAAUUAAAUUUUAUAAAUUUGAAAGUUACAGAUUCAUUAACUUUAAUGAAGGUUUAAUAUUUUAAUCUGAAAAAUGUAGAACCUAUCUUUAACAAUCCAAAAUCUUAAUGUGGUAAAAUACUUGUUAAAAAAGAUUAGAUUUUUGUGUCUGGUUAAGGUUAACCCAUAGUAAUAUUUAAAUUAGAAAAGUAAUGUGAUUAAAAUUACUGUUUAAUGUAAAUUAAAUUCAAAUCAUUGAUAUAAGUGUAUGGAGGGCAUGAGAUAGUAGAAGAUUAACUUAAUGAGAAUAUUUAUUCCAUACAUUAUGUGAAUACAUAUAAAUAGAAACUUGGCGUACUAUUUUAUGAUAUAACGGAUGAUUUUACAAACCUUUAACCAAAUUUAGCCAUUGCUCAUUUACCAACCCAAAAUAGUCCAUUAAUAGUAUACAACUAUAAUGGGCAAUUGCACUUAUUAAAAGACGAAGGUUAUUAUAUACUUUAACAUUUUAUAUUAAAAAGAUCUUCAUAAAUAUGUACAACUAAACCUUAAAAUAAAGAUGUGUAAUUUAUUUUGAAAAAUACUUAUAAUUAAGUCACUGUUUAAAUUAAAUUGAAUAUAACUUAGGUUCCCCCUGAUCCAGUUCCUCCUGGUCCAGAUCCUCCUGGUCCAAAUCCUCCUGGUCCAGAUCCUACUCCGGAGGAUAAAAAAGGAUUUUCAUAAUGGUUAUUUUGGAGUAUUGGAGGUGGAAUUGUCUUAGGUGUAGGUAUUGGCAUUACUAUUUGGUGUUGUAAGAAAAAAAAAGCUCAAAUAAAAAAAGAAAAGUUAAUUCCUUUAUGA